AUGAGAAAGAUUAUUUAUGAGUUUGAGCAAUGUGAUCCAAAGAGAUGCUCUGGAAAAAAGCUAAUUAGACAGAACAAGGUACAAUCCAUCAAGAAGAAUAGAAACUUUUCCGGGGUUGUGCUUUCACCUGAUGCAGAGAAAUCCAUAUCUCCAUCUGAUCGGGAAAUCAUAGAAAGGUUCGGAAUAGGUCUUAUUGAUUGUUCAUGGGCGCAGCUGGAUGCAGUUGAUUUCAAAAAGUUGCCUAAGAAGUGCAACAGGCUUCUUCCAUUCAUGGUUGCAGCAAACCCAGUGAAUUACGGAAAACCGUUCAAACUUAAUUGUGCGGAAGCCCUCAGUGCUUCUUUAUAUAUUUGUGGAUUUGUCGAUGAAGCACAUGACAUUCUCGAUGGAUUCAGCUAUGGAGAUGAGUUUUACAAGCUCAAUCAGGACAUCCUUGACGAAUAUUCAAAAUGCGCAUCAAGCACAGAAGUCGUGGAAGUUCAGAACAAAUUUCUGGCAGCAAAUAGCAAAUCCACUUAG